UCGUUAUCAUCAUCAUCAAGAUUUACCCAAAACCCUAACCCUCAAAUCCUCACAUUUACUGAGCACCACAGCUUCAAGAAAAACAAAAACAAGAAAAUGGCCAAAAAGAAAGCAGCCCAUCAACCCAAAGAUCCCAGGCAAGAAGCCCUUGUACAGUCAGACCACAGAGCAGACCAAAUGAGUGAAGCCACCCCUAUCCCCAUGGCCGCCGUCGAUGACUCUUCAGAAAAGCUCAAGAGCUUGAAGUCCCUCAACUCAAGGCUUCUCAAGGAGACCGUUGAGCGGAGGCGACAGAUGGACUCUUUGGUUCAAUCCAAAGAGGCUCUAGAGUCUGCGUUGACUCGGUCCGGUCAGGAGAAGAAUGCAUUGGAGUCUGAGCUGACUCGGGUCGGUGAGGAGAGUCUUGGUUUGGAGUUGGAGAAGGGUGUGUUUCGUAUUUUUUUGGACGCCCAGGUGGCCCAAAUGGGAGUUGUGUUUGAUGGGUUGGUGCAAGAGAAGAGAGUUGAGGUUGAGAGGGUGAAGAGUGAGAAAGAGACCGAGAUAAGGUCACUGAAGAGUGAAGUGAACAAGCUUGUGGAUAGUCUUCAAAGUGAGAAAAGUGAGGUGAGCCGGGUGUGCGUUGAGAGGGAUGAUCUGAGAAAGAAUUUUGAUGGCCUGGUUAAAGAAGCGGAUGGGUUGAAGAAGAAAGUGGUGGAUACGGAGAAGAGGGAGCGGUCGAUGAAGGAGGAGGUUGAGAAGUUGAAAAUAAAAUGUGAAGGGCUAAUGGAGGAAAGGGUUGAGAAAGAAAGUGCACUUGAGGCGUUGAAGAAGGAAAAAGAUUUCGCUGAGAAGAAACUAGGGGUGUCACAGAAGUUGAUUGGGGAGUUCAGGAACAAGAAUGACCAGAUUUUGAGUGAGAAGAAUGGCAUUGAGAGGGAGAAAAGUGAGUUAGAACGACAAGUUGGUGUGUUAGAGAAGGAAGUGGAGCAACGGAAUGCAACUGUAUUGGAUCUGAACAGAGAGGUUGAAGUAAUGCAAGCCAGUAUUUUGGAGUCGGAGAGGUUCGCUAAGGAGAGCUUGAAUGAUAAGGAGGAGUUUGAGAAGUUGAAAAUAAAAUGUGAAGGGCUAAUGAAGGAAAAAGAUUUAGCUGAGAGGAAACUAGGGGUGUCACAGAAGUUGAUUGGGGAGUUCAGGAACAAGAAUGACCAGAUUUUGAGUGAGAAGAAUGGCAUUGAGAGAGAGAAAAGCGAGUUAGAACGACAACUUGGUGUGUUAGAGAAGGAAGUGGAGCAACGGAAUGCAACUGUAUUGGAUCUGAACAGAGAGGUCGAAGUAAUGCAAGCCAGUAUUUUGGAGUCGGAGAGGUUCGCUAAGGAGAGCUUGAAUGAUAUGGAGAUGGAGAUCAAGUCAUUGAAGGAAGAGAAGGAGGAGAAAGAACUAAAUAUAAAGAAGUUGCAGUCACAAUUGUAUGAAGUAGAGGUGGCUUUGAAUAUGGCCAUAAUUGAAGUAAAUGAUAAGCAGCGAAUGAUUGAAGAACUGGCUGAAAAGAAAAACCAGAUUGAGGAGGGGUUUGUUAAUCAAGAGCUUGAAACUAUCAAGCUGCAAAAGGAAGUGGGUGAGCUAAGGGAUGCUCUAUUUUCACUAAGAACUUCUUGCAGUGAUCAAGAGGAAGAGAACAAGCAACUGCUUUCAGAAGUGAGUAAUAGCAAGGAUGCUCUUGGCCAUGUGGAGAUGGAGAUCAAGUCAUUGAAGGAGGAAAAGGAAUCAAACAUUAGGAAGUUGCAGUCACAACUGCAUGAAGUAGAGGUGGCUUUGAAUGUGGCCACAAAGGAAGUAAUGGAUAAGCAACGAAGCAUUGAAGAACUAGCUGAAAUGAAAAGCCAGAUUGAGAAGGGGUUUGUUAAUCAAGAAAAUGAAAUUAUUAAGCUGCAUAAAGAAGUGGGUGAACUAAAGGAUGCUCUAUCUGCACUUGGAACUUCUUGCAGGGAUCAAGAGGAAAAGAACAAGCAACUGCUUUCUGAAGUAAGUAAUAACAAGGAUGCUCUUGACCGCCUCACCAUUCAGAAGAAUGAGACUCAAAAGGCUUUCGAUGGUGAAAAAAAGAUUGUUGAAAACUUGAAGUUGGCCAUUUCAGAAAGGGAGAAGAGCAUUGAAGAAGUUACUAAAGAAGCACAGGUUCUGCGGGAUGAGCAUGUGAAGCUACUUAACAAAACUAAAGCAACAGAGAAACAAUUGGGAUCAUUGGUGAAGGAAAGAGAUGCAGCACUAAAGAGCCUUCGUGAGGUGCAGACCAAAAUGGAAGAUUGGAAAUCUAAAGUAGAAUUUGCUGGCAUCAACUCCGAAAGGGCGCUCGCCUUGUUGAAGAAAACUUCAGCCAUGGUUUCAGUUUCUCAAUCCGAACAGAGCAGUACAGAUGGUAAGAAAGAUGUGGUUAUCCAGCAGAGGAAGCUCGAAGGAGAAGUUCAACCAUAUGUUACAGAGUUGGAAGCCAUCCAAAAUGCUUUCAAGAACAAGGAGAAGAUGGUAGAAGACAUGAAGCAACAAGUGGAGCAUCUGAAGCGCUCAACUGCACAGGCAUGUAAGCUGAAAAACGUUUGGGCUUUUGUCUCUUCGGCAACAACUCUUUUUGCGGCAGUUACUUUUGCAUACGCUGCCAAACCGCGCUGAGUAACUUUUGAUUUUAUUAAUCAAGUUUUGUUACUACUAUAUGACUUAGUUGCUUUUGGUAGAGUUACUAGGAUCAAACUAAUCAAGGUCUGCUAGAUGUCAUGGCAUAAUGUUAUGCUAUUUUCUCCUUUUUUGACAAUAAUGUUUCCUUACUGGAUUAUAAUCCCUAUUAGCUGCUGCUGCUUUGUUACAUUUACAAGUAUGAAUACAAGUUCUUCGAACUUCUUAAA